GGGCAGGCGGGUGAGUAUGCAGGCGUCGGCGGACGCCACAGAAACAAUUCCUGAGGCGGUCUCUGUACGAGCGGCUGCUCCAGCGCGGGGAGUCACCCCAGUCUAGCGGAGCCGGGGCGGGGGGCGUCUGCUGCAGGAGCGCGCCAUCAGACGUGAAACUCGCAAGACAUGUACUUCCUUGGGCUGUUGUCUUUGCUGGUUUUGCAAAGUAAGGCCUUGAGCACAAAUUUUCCUAAUGAAGCUAUUGCAGAGUUUUCAGUGAACAUUUAUAAUCAGCUGCGGGCCACCGGGGAAGAUGAGAAUAUUCUGUUCUCUCCUCUGAGCAUUGCAAUUGCCCUGGGGAUGGUGGAACUUGGAGCUCAUGGAUCCACUUUAAAAGAAAUUCGACAUUCCCUGGGAUAUGACAGCUUGAAAAAUGGUGAAGAAUUUUCAUUCUUGAAGGACCUUUCUGAUAUGGCAAGUACUGAGGAAAGCCAGUACGUGAUGACAAUUGCCAACUCCCUCUAUGUUCAGAAUGGAUUUCACAUCAGUGACAAAUUUUUGCAAUUAGUGAAAAAAUACUUUAAAGCUGAAGUAGAAAAUGUAGACUUUAGUCAAAGUGCAGCUGUAGCUAACCACAUCAAUAAGUGGGUUGAGAAUCAUACAAAUAACAUGAUCAAAGAUUUUGCCUCAUCAAGGGAUUUCAGUGCUCUAACUCAUUUGGCCCUCGUCAAUGCAGUCUACUUCAAGGGAAACUGGAAGUCGCAAUUCAGACCUGAAAACACAAGGACUUUCUCUUUCACUAAAGAUGAUGAAAGUGAAGUGCAGAUUCCAAUGAUGUACCAACAGGGAGAAUUUUAUUAUGGGGAGUUCAGCGAUGGCUCCAAUGAAGCAGGAGGUAUCUAUCAAGUUCUGGAAAUACCAUACGAAGGCGAUGAGAUAAGUAUGAUGAUAGUUCUUUCCAGACAGGAAGUUCCACUAGUCACACUGGAGCCAUUGGUCAAAGCCCAGUUGAUUGAGGAAUGGGCUAACUCUGUGAAAAAACAAAAAGUGGAGGUAUAUCUACCAAGGUUCACAGCAGAACAGGAAGUUGAUCUGAAAGAUGUUUUGAAGGGUCUUGGAAUCACAGAAAUAUUCAGCAGAAAUGCUGAUCUCACUGCAAUGUCAGAUAGCGAAGAGCUUUACCUUGCUAAAGCAAUUCACAAGUCGUUCCUAGAAGUUAAUGAGGAAGGUGCGGAAGCUGCUGCUGCCUCAGGAAUGAUUGCCAUUAGUAGAAUGGCUGUGCUGUACCCCCAGGUUAUAGUCGAUCAUCCAUUUUUCUUUCUGGUCAGGAACAGGAGAACAGGUACUAUCUUGUUCAUGGGAAGAGUCAUGCACCCAGAAGCAAUGAAUGCAAGUGGCCAUGACUUUGAAGAACUUUAACUGAUAACGCCACACACUAAAAAGGAAAGAAAUAAGCACACUGAGUUUAUAAUUGAUAUAUUUAAGGUUUGCCGUGUUUUACAAUGUACCUUAAGACACCGUUUAAAUACUUCCAUAUUUAACGCGGUUUAAGUUACAAGCCAAGCUUAUGGAGGAAAGCUUUCAGUAUUAAAAUAAUGGUUCUGUUGCUGUCAUUGUGAUUGCUGUGUCAGUCCUUAAAAUAAAAUUGUAUACAUGUCAA